UUUAUCAUCUGUGUGCCCGCAUUAUUUUCAGGUCACAGACAUGAGCUAAUGCUUUGUGAAAGGAUAUUUCUGGUGCAGCUUGUUGGGGGUUCCGCGCAGUGUCAUUAUCGCCACAUCCCCGCUUGCGCGCAUUCAUUGAAAGAACGGAUUGCUAUGUCAAUCGUGGAUAGGAGGAAUGCGCUGAUCUCGGGAACUAUAGAGCAGACACGGGAGGACCUGAAUUAGUGGCAUCGAUGAGCCAAACUGAGAUGGAGAUGUCUGGGGUUCCGCCGGGGGUGACACGGAGGACUGGGACAGUGAAGAGGACGAUGUGGGGGGGCCUGAGGCAGCAGUGGAAGCUACUGGGCCUGUUUGAGAUUGACCAGCAGCACGAGUUCUACAGCCUCACCUCUAUGAUGAAGGAAGGUCUCUCUGCAGCCGUGCAGACCACCAUCGACAACCCACCACCGGAUGAAUUGUCAGAAGAUGAUUACAGAUUGGAAGUCACUCAAAUACAUAAGGACUUUAAAAUGGAGACAUUUGCAGGGCCAGUGUUUGCCAGCUUGCGUCGCUCCCUGGGAAUGACAGAAAAGGAGUAUCAGCAUUCUCUCUCCUUCGAUGGCUCAUACCUGCAGUUCAUCAGCAACUCCAAAAGCAAGGCUGACUUCUUUCUGACGAAUGAUAAGUGUUUUUUCCUGAAGACCCAGAAUAAGAGAGAGGUGAAAUUCCUCUUGUCCAAUCUGAGAAUCUACAUGGAGCACCUAGAGAAGUAUCCCCAUUCACUGCUGGUCAAGUUCUUAGGUGUCCACAGGAUAAACAUUUCCCAUAGGAGGAAGAAGUACUUUAUUGUAAUGCAGAGUGUUUUUUAUCCUGACGAUCGAAUAAAUGCCAGGUAUGACAUCAAGGGUUGUGAGGUGAGCCGGUGGACAGACCCCGCCCCUGAGGGUAGCCAGGUUAUUGUUGUCCUCAAGGACUUGAACUUCAAGGGCCAGUAUAUCACUCUGGACCAGCAGCGGCCGUGGCUGCUCCGGCAGGUGGAGAUUGACACGUCGUUCUUGCAGAGACUCAACGUGCUGGACUACAGCCUCCUGGUGGGCCAUCAGCCCCUGCACCAGGACGAACGCCACCAGGGCCUCUCUUUUGCCACCCUUAUCAUGCGUACAAAAAAGUCAGUGAUCACUGGCUCAAGCCCCACCCAUGCGGGCAUGCCCACUGUUCCAGGGGUGGUCCCAGAGGAAGACUCCACCCUGUCGGUGUCAGAGAUGGAUGGCGGGACAGGAAGUGGCAGCAUUGCCGAAUCACGGGGAGGAAGUGAACCGGGCAGUGCCCUUUCCGGGAGAACCUGUACUGAGCAGCCGGCCGGGUCGGUCACAGAUUCGAUGGUGCUCAGGGACUUCCAGGCCCAGAACCGCCGGCUGCUGCCCAACUUCAAGAACCCGCUACACGUCAUUGACGGACCGGAGCAUCGCUACUUUGUGGGCAUCAUUGACAUCUUCACUGUCUACAGCUUCAAGAAGAGGCUGGAGCAUUGGUGGAAGAGACUGCGGCACCCAGGGCAGGCCUUCUCCACCGUCAGCCCCACCUCUUACUGCCUUAGGCUCUGCCAGUGGGUACAGGACCACACCAAGUAGACUCAGAAAAAGGGGAGGAUGAGGAUGGUUAGUCCCAGUAGCAGACUGUCUGCCCAAGAACAAACGUUUGCAUGCACACAAGUUGGACACUGACCAGAGACAUGAAGCUAUGCUUUUAAAGCACUAUAAUUUCAGGAUUGAUCAAGGAUCAGUUACUUUCAUGUUUCCACAUCUCCAAACCAAAGCUAAAACAAAUAUAAACCAUUAUAUACAAAUAUAAUAUUCACCAUCGCAAAUUCAUGGGUUUCCUUUUCAUAUUCUUUGUUAAGUAAAGAAAGAAAAAGGUGCGACAUUUAUAAUCAAGUGCUAUGAAUUAAUUAGCUGAUUCUCCAAAGUAUAAUCGUUUUUUAAUUGUUGAAGUUCAAUUAGCAAGUGAAUGCUGAAAACCAAAUAAUUGUACAAAUUUGCCACCUCAUAUGGAUUUUUUUUUUAUUGUACUUUGAAGUGUUUAUACCUGUGCAAUUUUGUUGUAUUUUUAAAAGCUGUGUUUUCACUGUUCAACUGACCAAGUGAAUAUACUCUCCCGAUAUGAUUGUGCAGUAUAUACAGUGCCUUGCGAAAGUAUUCGGCCCCCUUGAACUUUGCGACCUUUUGCCACAUUUCAGGCUUCAAACAUAAAGAUAUAAAACUGUAUUUUUUUGUGAAGAAUCAACAACA